AUGGCGUCUGAUAUGUACUGUCUGUCAUGCAUGGCCUGGGCCACGGGCGAAUGCCAAAGAGACCAUGAAUUGCAUCUCACGGACCAGGUCCCAAUCAGUCACUUCGAAGAGGCCUUCCUUCCGGAGAUGCGGAAGCUUGCUGAGAAUAUACCUGCAGGAUUCCAUGUCUUUGAUGAAAGCUACGAACCUACACACAUUCCGGUCUUUGACCCGCUGGACGACCCUGCUGAUAUGCCCUCCUUUGACGGCGUUGUGGACAGUGAAAUGGUACUUGAUAUCGAUGACCCAGGUUUCACUUUAUCGAAGGAUGCAACUUUCACGCUUUCCGACGGCACUUGCAGCGAUAAGUCAGAUACCUCAACUAGCCGAGACACCAACUUCAAGGCGCGUGGACGCUCCAAGUCGGAUCCCACAUUGUCCCCUGAAGAGGUUUCCAUAAAGCAAGGCAGGAUAGAUGCGUACGUGCGGGAGGCCAACACUACCAUCUCUAGAUUAGGGCGAUACUGCCAUUAUGUACGCCAUAGCCAAGAGAUUGCGAAGCUGUGGGAAACUACAUUUGAUGAUAUCCGGCAAUUCGUAUCAGAACUACUGGAAAAACGAAAUGAAGGCCCUGGCCUGAUCGAUACCAGGGUCCUCGAGGAAUGGGUCAAGGGUCUACAGGAAUUCGAGUUCACACUCGCUGCCAAAAUCAAGGCAGGGACUCUUGCGCAACUCGGGGAAAUGGACGAUUCGGUUAUCGAUGGACGUUGUUUCGAAUGUGCGCGCUGGUGCGAUGUCCCACGUCCCUAA